AUGCUUAAUGAUCAACUAUACGUGCUGUGUUGUUUUCUGGCGGCAAAAUCUGAUGUUUUGCGGGUCUCACGGUUGAUUUUGGAGCAGAAUCAACUGAACUGGGUAGAAAUCUUGAAAAUUGUAUGUGUUUUGUGGCCAGAGCUAGAUGAUCCGCUUCGAUUGCGCAGGAUAUUUGACAGUGUUGAGGCACUUGAGAAAACUGAUUCGGAAUCUCAGUCGGAGUCCCAUUUGGGAACUCUAGAGUCUGUGAUCGAUGGGAAUCAAGAGUUAAUAGCUGCAGUGGAGGCAAGUCCUAAGACUUUACUGCAACGAAAAGUUGCAUUGCAACAAUAUGUGGACUCUGAGCUGAAGAAAAAAACUGGAAUUUCCAUUGAAAGUCACAAUUGGAAAUCUGCGUUCUUUCAGGCGCGAGUUCUGGUGUGUAACGCGGUAGUAGAAGAUCCGCUUUUUUACAAACCUCUGUGGUCACAAUUGAGCGCAGCCCAUAAUCCCGAGUAUAUGGGCUGGAUAUCGGGAAUCGUGAAACCUUUGUCACAUUACAGUAAUCGAACAGGAAUACGAUAUCCAAUAGCUGAGUUUCAAUCUUUUUCCACUUCUAAAACAUUGGAUUUGCUCUGGCACUCGGUCGAGAACGUGGAAGAGCCCACAUUCCGUGGUGCGCUCACCUACGAGCUUUUGCCAUACCUGAAGUACGUCGCAGGCUACAACGAGUUCUUGGAAACCAUCUUUAACGAGGAAAACUUUCCUCUCGAUGCAAUCUCUAAUUUUAAGCGAUACAAGAUGCUGGCAUUGGAAUUGCUAAAUCAAAUUCCUUCUGAGUUUCAAGAAUUGUUCCAAAAACGCGCCAUCACAAUUCUUUUCGAUAAUGGAAGCGCUCUCCAAAAAAUCGACGGACUUGACUUACGCGCUGAACAAAGCUUAAUCUUGAGCUCCGUAAUUGACAAUAUCAAGAUUCUAGACUAUCUCGAUGUAAAAACGCUUCAAGUGUUCGCGCAAAAAAUGGAUGUGUUACAGCUUUAUGGUCUUAAAGAUAUUUAUAAGCUAUCACAAAGCUCAUUGCUGAUUCAAAAAUCCUGUUUCUCCACAAUGUGCAUACAGCAGCUCGAAUCCACGGAAUCAUACGAGACACUAGAAACAUUAGGAUCAUUCAUGCAAGGCGAUCCCAUCUUUCAAAAACUUGAUGUUGUGACCAAGAAACUCAUCGUCGUGGAAUCCCUGUUGGGCAAGGGUCAUUUUGACAUGUUACAAAAAUUCGCACAAAACUCUGAAUUCGACCUUGAAGAUAAUGUGUUGCUCAAGUUUUUUUGGAGUUUUUUCAACUCGGCAACAAGCGGACGCGCGAACGGACCUAACAUGCUAAAUGCAAGAAGAAUUUUAGAACUUUUACCGAAAGGCCAACAUCGAGAUCUUUUAGCCCUUCUCAAUGUUGCUGAGAAACUUUCGAAUUAUUCCUUGACUGUUUCGAAAGGUGUUCCACUCAGACCCUCUGCAUUAAUUGAAUACAAGCACCGGCCCUACGAGAUCAUUUCAAAACUUCUAGAACUGAAUAGAGGCCUAUACAAGCGAUUGGAGGAGACAUUUGAAAUUGUCAAACUUCUAUAUUCGGCGCUUCAGUUAGAGCGCUCAACUAAUUUCGAUGAUGAGUAUACCAAGACCUGCGCAAUACAUAUUGACUUUGCUCUCGCAAAUUCCGACUUCGAGUUCGCCUAUCAUGAGGCAACGAAUUUACUCCAGCGGCCCAAAUGCGAGGAGUUUUGGUCAACAGUCCUUCAAGUGGGGAAAUUUUUUGAUCCUGCCUGGCCUGACAGUGAGAUACCAACGGAGAUCAUCUACCUGCAGCUGGAAAUCCUCGGAAAAUUGCUGCACGUAUGUCCUGUUGAGGAAGUGGAGGCAGUCAUAUCUCAGUGGAGUGGACUGGAAUCAGAACUUUCUACCAGAGACCUGAUUAACGACUCUUAUUCGCUUUCACAUACCAAUUCUGGUGACUUUAAAACCAAAAUUGUCGAGGAAGUAUCGGCCAGUGCCUCCAACUUUUUAUCCACAGGAUUCAAGUGGGCUAUUGAUCGUAAUGCGUAA